CAUCAUGAAGAGCCCUCUCCAUGUUUAAAACGUAAUGCUAAGCCAGAGUAGCAGCACUUGAAGAAGGAGAAAAGCUGCUGUAUACCUAAACCCAAAAGGGAACAGAAAAAUGUCAGAAUCAAAUCCAAAAGCUAAUCAAAAGAAGCCACCCAACAAAAAUGUCAAGAAGCUGCGGACAGUGAGUAUGGUGUGUAGCUUGGCGAAAAGCUGGCAGCAAUGGGCUUCAGAGAACGAGGAAAGGCAGGCCAGUGAGCCAUCUGGAUGGACACCUUCUGAAGAGAAAAGGGAAAUACUGAACACGAAGAAGUAUCAACAACCCUUACAACAGAAAACUUGUUCCAAAGAAAACACUGGGACUAAACAAACUGCAGUUCCCGAUCCAGCAGCAGGAAAAUUAGAAAACACUUCUGAAAGUUUACCUCUGGACUCUAAAAUAAGAAGCAAGCAAGUGGUGAAAACGGUGACCAGCAAAGUGCAGGAGAAAGGAAUGAACAUUGGUUACUUAACUGACAAAUACCAAAAGGAAAACGAAGAGGUGGAUAAAAUACUGAACGCGAAAAGUUCUCCAACUCGAAGGCGAAGAUGCUCCAAUCUGGUCUCUGAACUCACCAAGGGUUGGAAGGUGAUGGAGAAAGAAAGCAAGGAUUCUAUGGGCCCAACUGGGCCAAAGAGGACAGACAGUAUGGACACGGAGGACAGUGGUUUUUCAGAGGGCGAUGAGAAAAUGCAGGAGGUGACAGAGAUGAAAGACAAACAGGUAGAGCCAGACAUCUCACCUGUGAGGAUCAAACGGCCUUCUGUUUCCGUGGUGAACAAAGACGUGGAUGAAGCCAAAAGGAUUAACAUCAUUGCCAAGAAAUACAGCCCAGUGGGGAAUCUGAAGAGCAAGUGGCAAAACUGGGCGGAAGAGCACAAUGUGAACCAGAAAUUGAACCCCUUCAGCGAGGAGUUUGAUUAUGAGCUUUCCAUGUCCACACGGCUCCGGAAAGGGGACCAGGGUUAUGGGAGGCCGAAGGAAGGCUCAAAAACAGAGGAGAGAGCUAAAAGAGCGGAGGCCCACAUCCAUCGAGAGAUACUCGAUAUGUGCUACAUUAUCAGUACGAUGGCUGAUCCAGACCCCGAUGGCAAGAGCCGGGUAACGUUUGGGGAACUUUUUGAUAGAUACGUGCGCAUCUCAGACAAAGUUGUCGGCAUUCUAAUGAGAGCCAGGAAGCAUGGGAAAGUGCACUUCGAGGGUGAGAUGUUGUGGCAAGGACGAGAUGACCAUGUCAUAAUAACCCUUUUAGUUUAGCUGCUUUUUAAACUGUAGAGCAUUCAUGAGGCCAAAAUAACAGGCGCAAAGGUGAGCCAUAAAACCUUUUUUAAUGAAUAAAGUUAUUCAUUUUAAUUUC